UUAUCCAUUUUCCCGCAGCAAAUUGGCCCCGGUUUCGUUUGUUGAUGGCUCAAAUGUGAAGGGCGCGAUUGCCUUCUUGUGAAACGGUAGAAAAACACACCUCAAUCAGUCGCCAUUGCCGAAGAAAACUAUCUCAAAGGAUCCAACAGCAAAUGUAAACGUUGCCUCAACCCGCGUGCUCCAAAAUUGUGAAACCAAGCCGAAAACAGAUAUCACAAAAUUUAAUCAAAUCCGACAGUAAAAAGUUUUAAACCGCGCGUGCAAGUGUCCACACAAACAGCUAUUUACAAUGAGUAACAAAGCGACCAAAAACCAGCAGCCUCCCGCCGGCAACACCAGCACAAAACAGCACCAAAACCACCAACAUCAGCACAAUCACAGCUCAAGCAGUCCUAAAAAGACCAAAACCCCAUCGACGCCCUCCUCCUCCAGCACGUGGCACAUAUCGAUAACGUCCCUGGCGCUACUUAGCCGGCUCGGCGUAAUCACCCUGCAAGUAAUAUCGAACCACCUCGUCCCGGACCACGAUGCCGGCGUGUUCGUAGCCCCGCGCGACCCGGAAGCCGCCCCCGCCAAACUGGACGGCGCGGUCAACUUCUUCCUCGGCGGGCUGCACCGCUGGGACGGCCAGUACUUUUUGCACAUCUCCGAGUACGGCUACUCGUACGAAAACACGCUCGCGUUCUUCCCGCUGUUCCCCUUCAUCAUCAAGAUCGCCACCAGCACGCUCGGGGGAAGCACCCCGAUGAUCACGUACCGCGAACUCUCGCUUGUGCUGGCCGUGCUGCUCAACCUGGUGUGCUUCGUGCUGGCCGCCAAAGCCCUUUACAAGCUGAGCAAUCUGGUGCUGGGGAACAAGAAAAAGAGCGAACUGGCCGUCAUACUGUUCUGCUUCAAUCCGGCGUCGAUCUUCUUCACGGCGCCGUACACCGAGGCGCUGUUCUCGUGGCUGUCGUUCAGCGUGAUGGCCCAGUGCAUCGACGAUAUCAACUCGGUGUUCAUCACGAUCCCGCUGAGCUUGAGCAUCCUGUGCCGGUCGAAUGGAAUGCUCAACAUCGGCUUUCUGCUGUACUUCACCGCGCGCCGCAUCCUGUCCCAGAGCUCGUUCCACACCAUCAUCUGUAUGGGCUCGAAGCUGUUCUCGAUCCUGAUGAUCAUCAUCUUCCACUACGGAAUCGCGCAGGUCUACAACUACUAUCUGUUUUGCUUCGAGCAAAAGUUCAGCUUUCCGGCGCACGUCAAGCAGUACGCGCUGGACCGCGGGCUGGUCCUGGCCGGGAACAAGACGGCGGAGUCGUCACCCUGGUGCUCAAACUAUUUGCCUUUAUCUUACUCUUACGUACAAAGCCACUAUUGGGAUGUAGGAUUUAUGAACUAUUACGAGCUGAAGCAGUUACCGAACUUCUUACUGGCCUUACCCGCGAUUUAUCUGGUGCUGAGCAACGCGUACAAGUACAUCCACGACAAUUGGGAUUUUUGUGCGGGGCUCGGUCUGUUCCGGGUGCAGAAGAAGCAGCUGAAGAGCAUGCGGAACUACGACCGGGUCGCGUUCGCGUUCGUCGCCCACGCGCUGUUUUUGACGCUGUUCAGCGUACUGUUUGUGCACGUCCAGGUGACGACGCGAAUGCUGGCCUCGUCGAGUCCGCUGCUGUACUGGUUUGCCGCCGAGUACUUUACCGGCGAUAAGGCCUUCAUCCGGCGGCAGGUCAUCCGGAAGCUGUCGAAACAGGUCCGUGACGGAACAGAGCCGUGCACGCACGUCGAAAACUACGUCGAGCUGAGCGAUAUUCUCGACUUUAGACAGAUGAACUGGAAGCAGAAGGCGAUCCUGGUGUACUUUGCUGGGUACGCCACCGUCGGGACGAUCCUGUUCAGCAACUUUCUGCCGUGGACCUAAACAUUACGCGUAAUCCGACUUUAUCAAUACGUACCUUUGAACAGGAGUCUUUUAUUUAUCGAAUCGAAUUUAACGCAAAUGCAUCAAAUUUUAUGGUUGUAGCAGAAACUUGUUAAAUCAAAUACAUAAAACAGAAGAGUGACGUAGUUUAAACAACAUAUUUAGUAAGAUUAGAAGCAGACAUUUUUCCUCUUAAAAAAAUGCCAUAUUGUAGAAAAGUACCAAAUAUUUUGUCGUGCGUUCACUUUCUUUCGUCAUCAUUCUAGCGUUAGAUCGAUCAUAAUUGCAAUUUACAAGUUAGAGAAAACAAUUCGACAAGUUACAGUUAAUAGCAGCUCAAGCCAAUUUUAAAUCGUAGAAAACGUUACCAACUUAAUCGAGUCUAUUUCUCAAAACAGAGAAAUUAAAGAGUAAAAAUAUCUCUACUUUUGCCACCUUCAUUACACUGUUUCAAAAGUAUUAUAGAUAGCGAAACUGUUUACACGUACUACUACUAACAAACACAAACAUACACACAUCUCUUUGCCUUAACAAAACAAAAAA